CCCGGCUGUUGAAGUAAUGAGGGUCGACGGCAUCCAAGUCGGAACGUGCCGACGUUGAAGCGGAGGGUCGACGCGCCGUAAUCCGCGCCCCGCACAAAAACAGGACCGGACCGGGAAGUCGCCGCGAGCCGCCGCGCAGUCUGUGGAGGCGCUCUGGACAUGGAGCCUCCGCCCGAGAGCAGCCAAGAAGGCCCCGCUUACCACAGCCUGGGAGUCGAUGAGCUUCGAGGAGAACCGUCGGAUACGAAGCCUGCCGUGGUCUCCGAAACGGGAGGAGACGUCGAGAAGGAGCUCUGGGCCGGACCUGAGCAGGGAGCCGCGGCAGGAGGAGAAGAAAGCCACGGUGGCGCGGGAGCUGGCGGCCCCGUGGACGCCGAGAGCCAGAGGGGCGGCGGCGGCGGGGAGGAGCCCCAGGACAGGCAGCAAUACCUCCACCGCAGCACGUUCAUCCCGUUGGAACUGAAGGAGCUGGAGAGCGUUUUCCAACGCUCUCAAUACCCCGACGUGUUCGCGCGGUGAGUGCCUUGCUCUGGGGGCGCCCCGAUCUCUAGGACCCUCGGGCUCGGGCGCUGCCAGCUGGCCGGGACGCCUUGGGCUCUC